AUGAGUGAAUGUUUGAAAUAUCAAACACCAAAUGAAGCAUGCAUGCAUUCUGCAAUUAUUUCUCACAACAUUGAUUUUGUCAUAUUCUUGAUGAAUGAAUACAAUAUAGAUAUUAAUUUAUAUCUCUGCGAAAUAUAUCAAAAUCUUGAAUCAUUUUUAGUUUAUUUCGAUCAAACUAAAGAUAUUAACCAUUGUUUUGUUAAUUCAAUAUGUUUUCGUAUUCCAUCCCUUUGUGAAUAUUUCCUUUCACUAGGUGCAAAUAUCAAUGAAAUAGAAGAAGAUGUAGGGCCAGCUCUCCACAUUGCAGCAUGGAAUAAUAUUAAAGAAACAGCCGAAUUUCUUCUUUCAUAUGGUGCAAACAUAAAUGAAAAAGAUUAUGAUGGAUCCACUGCUCUUCAUUAUGCAGCAUAUAGUAAUAAUAAAGAAACAGCCGAAAUUCUUCUUUCACAUGGUGCAAACAUAAAUGAAAAAAAUUAUGAUGGAUCCACUGCUCUUCAUUAUGCAGUAUGGAACAAUUGUAAAGAAACAGUCGAACUUCUUUUUUCAUAUGGUGCAAAUUUCGCAGAAAAAGAUCAAACCGGGAAAACCGCUCUUCAAGAUGCAGAGGAACAUAAUAGGAAAGAAAUAGUCGAUCUUCUUUUUUCAUAUGGUGCAAUAAUAUGA